AUGCCACUGAUGAGACUGUUCUGCUUCCGGUUGACGGUACGCUUAGGUUCGAUCAUAGUCGGUGGAUGCUGUAUUCUGGAAACGUUGGUCACAAUGAUCGUCCUCGCUGCACUCGGUGGUGCCGCCUUCCUGAAGACGGAAGCAUUGUACUAUGAGCAGAAUAUGCAACUGUUUAACCCGCACUUCGCCUUCGUUUGGUUAAUCAAAAUGUGUAAAACAAGCUCGGAAUCAACGUACAUCGUUUUAAUGGUUUGCAUGACGCUGUACCUGCCGUGCUGUUUGGCGAUGAUGGCAGGAUCGUAUUUGAUGAAACGAUACCUCUUGGUCCCGUUCGUUGUGCUCGAGUUGUUCCGAUUGCUAUGCCUCACGCUGAUGCACGUGGUGGCAAUGCUGGUGGUGAAGAGAUCGGUAAACGUGGGAUAUCUGAUAGCCCUCACCAUCCUCGGCACUUUUAUCCUGCUCUUGCUGUUCUACCUGUGGGCGUGUGUGGUGGCUCUUUUGCAAAUUUUAAAAAUCGUCCGAUCACCAGAAUACAUUGCCAUCUUCGGAGACAAUCCGCUGGCACCCGUGGAUCCACCGGUGGCACCAACGAGACACUCGCCGAAUGGGCCAUCGAAUGAGCAAGCGUAUGGACUGGAUGCUGCACUAAACUACCAAGAGCAGACGAAGGAACGGAAGCGUUUGCCUCCAGCAGCAUUGUCUUUGGCGCCGUUCACGGGUUCCAACAUGCUGUGGGAUGAUUUUCGAGCCAUCCACAGCCGUUACAACCGCGAAAUCUAG